UUUAGUCCUUUUAAUGUUGUCGAUGGUUUCACAUCUUUCAUUAUUGUUCUUACACAUUCGUUCUUGACUUUAAUUGUGCUAGUGCUCUUAUUAUCGACAAUCGACGGUUUAUUACACUUGAGUGGAAUAAGCUAGUCGUUUCGCAGCUGUACUGAUAAACGGACAUUUCGUUUGGCAUUCAACGUAAAUAAAUCAAAUCAAUAGAAGAGAAGUGCAUUCGGGUUAUACUAAAUUGUAAUCAGUGCAACUGCUUCAGGGCAACCACUUGUCCAUAUCCAAAGCGGACAUGCUGGAAGCUAAAAUUUAUUCCAACUUCUUAAAAUCGAUAAAGACAAACAAGAUUGUUUUCUUAGUCGAAAUCUAAGUAAUCAAAAAACAAUCUCUUGAUGAAUCUACGCUAUACGCGGGAUUAGUAUACAUCAAAGGUUUUCCAAAUUUUGUGGAGAUUUUUAAACAUUUUUUCAUUGUUUGCGUUAGUAUAGAGCGCAUCACCGUCUGAAGCGUAUAUAUCAACAGAAAAUAUCGAAAAUUCAAUUUCCAAUCAAAAGCGCCGUUUCAACCGAAAUGCCAAAUAAAAUCGAAUUUAAUUUCUAUUAAAAAAUAAACUGGAAUGUCUCAUCACUGGAUGAAAAUUCGUGCACUUCAUUCUAAUAAUCGCGUGUGGUGUUUGACGGUUCUCCCUGAUCCGUUGUAAAAUCAUGCUAUCUUACGACAUAGAAAAUACGAUAAAUUCAACGAAAGAAAAGGGCGAUGAAAUACAAGACAUCAUCGCCACCAUAAACAAUGACAAUACAAGUUGCGGUGGCGAGGCAUCAGCCGCAAGAAAACGAUGGAAAAUACUGGCCCGAGCCAUCAAACGAAAUGGGAGAAAUUAUUCGGAUGACAAGAAGGAUCGAAUUAGUAAUGACGAAUGUAUUGUGUCUGUUCGUCGAUUUAAUUCGUUCGACCUUGUGCAACAAGAUCAAAUUUCCACGGAAGACAAAGAAAAUCUGCUGGGACAUUCGGAAAAUUGGUACACAUACAAAUUAACAGUUAACUCAAUCGAAUAUAUGGUCAAUAUUCAUCACAUAAACCGUCCAGUCACUGCCGCUGACCUAAUGGGUUUUAACUACACCGGUAACGUGUGCGUGUGGCCAUCCGAAGAAGCUUUAGCUUAUUAUUGUAUGUCCAACGUGGAAAGCUUUAAUCGAAAGACCAUCAUCGAAUUGGGUGGUGGAAUGACAUGUUUAGCAGGUUUGCUAAUUGCCAAAUAUGCUAAGCCCCAUGGAGUUCAUUUGACCGAUGGAAAUGCGUUGGCAGUUGAAAAUGUAAAACGAACGUGUCGCUUGAAUGACAUCAACAAUUGUUACAUUAAAUGUUCCGUCUUGAAGUGGGAGCAGAUAUCGUCGUGUCGCUUCGAAAACGAAAAGUUCGAUUACAUCUUGUGUGCGGACUGUUUGUUUUUCGAUGAGGCCCGUUCGGCGUUAGUGGAUGCGAUCUGGCAUUUCCUGUCCGAUUCCGGAGUUUGUUUAGUAAUGGCGCCGAGACGUGGCCAAACAUUCGAUUUGUUUCUAGAGUGUGCGACACAAAAGGGAUUGAUUUGUAAUGUAAUCGCGCGAUACGACGAGCGUAUAUGGGAACGGCAUUUGGAAUUGAAGAAGUCGAAUUUUUACGAGGAGAAUAUUCACUAUCCGAUUUUAGUUCAACUGACCAAGUCGAAAUAAUUAAAAUCCUUGAACGUACCUAAUGGAAAUAUUUCAAUUUUAUCAAUAAAUGAAAAUAUCUGCGUACUUGUUAACAGUGUCCUAGACUAAAUUGUAGAUUAAAAUAUGAAACAAACGAAUGAGACCAAAACUAUGGAACAAAGCUUUAAAAAAUGGAAACAAUUUACAUUGUUUGUUGUGUAGAACUAAAUGUAGAAAAGUAUAGAAAUACAUUUGAUGUAACACUAAAAAUCCCUUAGACUAACUAGACAGCACUCUUUCCAAUUACUAGUUUAAUGUAACUUUCCCUUAUCAUUAUACUUUAAAAUAUUAUCGAACUAAUUGACUAGGUCUGAUGAGAAAGAAUUAAUUUCAUUUUGGAUUCGAACCUAUGUUGGAAAUUCUUUCAUGUAAUGGCUGAAUAAACCAAACUUCUUAUCUCUUUUUAAUGCACUUACUUUCACUUCUUCAACUUCCACACUUUUCUCUUAAUUGCACCUCUUAAAACUGAGAACCUUUUGAACAGCGAAUGCAAAACGUUUACAUCAACCUGUCACAUACGGCUAUUCAUCUGUUAUCGAUAACGAUGAAAAAAUAAUGACCCGCUCUGGGUAGUAUACAAAGUUCUUUCAGAACCUUGGUAGUAUGCUCCCUUUAUAUGGUAAAAUUCGUGUCAAAAAAAUUGAAGUACAAGAUUUCAAAUCAACCGAUCAAAAAUACUUUGAUUGGUGGAAGUUAUCCGAUAAUAAUACUGGUCAUAUGCUUGCCGUCGUAAGCAAACUGCACUGUACAUGAAUGAAUUUGGUUAAUAAAAAUGUUGAAAAU